AUAAAUGUCAAAGUCGGCAAAACCAAUGUAGCGGUUUCGGGAAUGCGCCACCUUCAGUUCAUUUCACCAUGCAAUUUUGGAAUGUCAACUACAAAUCUUGGAGUCGUAUUUCAAACAAGUGGCCAUAUUCAGACACUCAUCGAAAAGAUUUGCGCUACAGACAAUGGUCGUGGAGACUUAGAAGAGGUCUUCAUUCAACCAAAUCUAAAUUAGUGGGGUUUUUGCAGAAAGCACGUCGAUCAAGUAUGCCGGAUGUAAGCUACUUCCAAAAUACAACCAAUCAGCAGCUCACAAGUCAUCGCUUGCCCAAACUCCGUUUGCCGAAAUUCGACGGCAAGUACACAGAAUAUUCACGUUUUAUGCACACCUUUGAAUCGCUUGUGCAUGACGACGCUUCGUUGACCACAAUUGAUAAAUUUAAUUACUUGAUGGACUGUUUGUCGGGACCUGCGCGAGCUGUGGCCGAACCAUUUGAGGUUACGGAAAGUAAUUAUCCACGUGCACUUCAGCGAUUAAAGGAACGCUUCGAUAACAAAACGCUUAUUUUCAUACUAAUCGAUAAUGUCGCUUCAAUUAAGGGAGCCUUACUCUCAUUAGGAUCUGAGAAAAAUAUCAUGGAAGCGCUAUUAAUUAACAUAAUUCUCACUAAACUAGAUGCUGAUUCGAAGCGGGCGUACGAUGAAAAACAAGAUUUCAAGGAGCUUCCAUCAUUUGAGAGUUGCUAUACUCUUCUAAGUCAUCGCUGCCAGUUGCUCGAAAGCUGGACUAAACAAUCGAAUAUUGCUGAAGCUAACCAUCAAACACGAAACAAGGAAAGGAAAGGGAACCAUUAGAGUAUUAUGAAUUAAAUACGAUCACCUACGGUACCGCAUCUGCGCCUUUCUUGGCAAUUCGAAGUUUGGUUUUCAUUGCUGAGCAUUAUCGCGAUAGCUUCCCGAUCGGAGCUGAGAUGUUGGAAUCGGAUUUCUACGUAGAUGAUUUACUCACGGGGGCUGAUAGUGUAGACGACCUGCGUAAGCGAAAACUUGAACUCAUCCAGAUAUUAGAAAAAGCAAAACUUCAACUUUCAAAAUGGAACAGCAACUGCACCGAUAUAUUUGAGUGCUCCAAUGAUGUGAACAUUCAAUUGAUGGAAACCAAUUACUGACACGUUUUGCUUCCAAUAUGAUGAUAAGCCUCCAGAACAUAUAACCAAACGAUCAAUUCUAUCUACAACCGCGAAAAUAUUCGACUUACUUGGAUUGUUAAGCCCCGUUGUCAUACGAUGCAAAAUGCUACUGCAGUCUGUAUGGAUACACGGAUUAGGAUGGGAUGAUGAGCUACCAAAACCACUACAAGACACCUGGACAGACAUUCGAAAAGACUUGGCGAAUAUCAAUUCAAUCACUACUCCAAGUUGCAGCCAUACAACAUGAAUGUUUCUCCUCGGAAAUUGUUGCUCUUCAAAAAGACAAACCCCUGAAUCCAUCGCUGCAAAAACUGUCGCCGUUCUUGGGUGAGUUGCAAAUCUACAACAAACUCAAAGUGGUAGUCAGAUAGGGCGGCCGACUAUUGCGUGCUCCAAUUCCGGUGGAAGCGAAAUUCCCCCUCAUGUUACCUAAGGAUCAUCGCUUUACAUGGCUGUAUAUCCAACAUCUGCACUACUCACACCUUCACGCAGGCCCAAAGGUCUUAUUGGGGUUACUACGACAACGCAUUUGGAUCGUGAAUGCUCGUGAAGUUGUGCGCAAAGUAGUGCGCAAAUGCAUACAUUGUUUUAAAUACCGGCCUAAGUUGUUGCAACAAAUUAUGGGAAACCUGCCUGCCGACCGCUUGAAGGCACAACUACCGUUCUUGAUCUGCGGAGUUGGCUUUUGUGGCCCAUUCGCCAUCUCCUAUCGUAUCAGAAGCAAGGUACCGUAUAAAACUUACGUUGCAAUUUUCAUAUGUUUUUCUUCUAAAGCAGUGCACAUGGAGUUAGUUUCUGACCUUUGCAGUGAAGCCUUCAUUGGCUGCCUUAAGCGGUUUUUCAGCCGGCGAGGUAUACCAAAGACUAUCUAUUGCGACAAUGCUACCAAUUUUGUAGGAGCAGGUAGGUUUUAAGCGAAUGUAAAAGGAAGCUGAUUAUAGAGUACUCGUCAAUCAAGGGCAUCGAUUUCCAGUUCAUUCCACCUCGAUCUCCUCACUUCGGCGGCCUAUGGGAGGCGGCAGUAAAAUCUGCCAAGCAGUUGUUCGUGAAGCAUUUGUCGCAGGCUCGCUUAACAUAUGAAGAGCUCUUAACUGUUGUCACCGAGGCAGAAGGAAUUCUCAACUCACGUCCAUUGGCAGUCAUGUCCGAUGACCCAAACCUUACGCCAUCUCACCUUCUCAUUGGAACUUCAAUGCAGUCAAUACCUGAAGUCGCACCCGACGUCAAUAAAUUGUCUCACUUGUCAAGAUGGCAGCGUAUAACGAGUCUGAAACAACAAUUUUGGCAACAGUGGCAGCGUGAUUACAUUCACGAAUUACAGCAACGUUCCAAAUGGUCGACGCCGCAUAGCAAUAUUCACCUUGGACAACUCGUCAUCGUACAUGAAGAUAAUAUGCCACCGCAUAAGUGGUUAUUAGCUCGUGUGGUCAACAUUGUACCUGGCGCUGACGGAAAGGUACGCGUAGCGGAUGUGAAAAUAUCUAGGGGAAUCCUGCGUCGAGCAAUACAUAAAUUGGCUCCCUUACCAUCCAAUAAUUGAAAGUUCCUUCCAAUGGGGGCAGAAUGUUGAAUCAUAAUAUAGUUUAUAACUUGCACUUGUUUUAGUAUUUGUAAUCUGGCAGCUUUGUUUUUAUUCUCUGUAAUUUCACCUCAUCCUAUGUAUGCAUAUGUACUUAUUGCUACUGAAAUAAAUUUACUCACUCGCGAUCCAACUCUGGCAAGAGACAGAACUCGAAUCUGACAACAUUUUUACUUCAAUUAAACAGAUACUUCCUCCUCUCCUUCUCCUGGCGAGAGGCGUGGAAAACAUCGUGUUCAAUCCCAUCACUGUGGACCUUGAUCUUCCGCAGAACCGCCCAUUUUUGACCCAGCUAUGAACAAAGAACUCAUAAGUUUUAACACACCGAUUCCUCAGUGGACUGAAUCUCCCCAACCACGUCCUUCUUCUACUGGAGUCUCACUAAAUUCCUGUUCAACACCUUCAUCUCAACCCUCCACCACAUCUGAAGCCGUCUCCGAUUGCGUCAACACCGUUCCGAAGGAAGUAGUCGUUGCUCCUUCCAAAAACUCCACAACUACAUCUCAACCCCCUGCCACAUCCGGAGCCAUCGUUGCUCCUUCCAAAAAUUUGACAGCUGUACCGCAACCCCCUACCACAUCUGAAACCCGAGGGAUUUAACCGUUGUCCCUUACAAAAAAUCGGUCUUUGUAUCUAGGUGUUCAAAAGAUACCUCUGUCGAUGAUGUGAAGGGGUACUUAACUUCCAGGCUGAUAGCAAAUGAGUUGCAUGUACGCAAGUUCAGAUUCUCGUAUGAAAGAAGCAUUUCUUCUUUUAAAAUAGACAUAUGCGAAGACUGCUUUGAUAGAGUAAUAAGCCCAUCUUUUU